UUUCCUCAGCCAUGCUGCAGCAUUUAGCAAUGCCGUUUUAAAUGACCUUCCACCAACAUGGCUUUAAGGUGGCUCAUUCAGCAGAACCAUAACACCAACUUCAUCGGCUUCGGUGCCGGCCCUGCUGGGGGGGAGCAGGCUCUGCCAACGGACAACAGGAGGAUCCAGCUCAUGGCCAACAUAGUGGGGACGCUGCCCCGCGGGCGCAAGCAGCUUGCCUUAGCCAGAUCCAGCUCCUUGGGUGACUCCUCCAGGCCGCAAAGACACCUUGUUGCUAUAUUGAAAGAAGAUAAAGAGACAUUUGGGUUUGAAAUCCAGACUAUUAGAUUUCCACACCAAAAUGAUUACUCCCUGGAGGUAUGCACUUGUGUCUGCAAAAUUCAAGAAGAAAGUCCUGCCUAUAUUUCUGGCCUUCAAACUGGUGAUAUCCUUGCCAGUAUCAAUGGUGUGAACACUGAUGGUUUUAGUCACAAGCAAAUAGUGGACUUGAUAAAGUCUUCAGGGAACUAUUUAAGGUUAGAGACUGUCAAUGGGGCCAUGUUUGUGCGGAAAAUGGAGCUCGAGACCAAGCUGCAGUUACUGAAGCAAAGUCUGCAGCAGAAAUGGGUGGAGUUGCGCUCUCUGCUCUUACAGGAACAACGCUUGCUGCAUGGGGAGGUGAAUGACAACGCACUGCUGGGCACACUGGAGCUGGAAGAGGCCAGCUCGCUUGGUGGUGGCAGCACAGUAGGACACCUCUUUCCAAUGAAGCCUCGCUUCUCCAGUGAGAGCAGCUCCCGCAGCCGGCUGAGCUCGAUGACUGUGGACAGUGAGGACAGCUUCUACCAAAGCUGCGCCUUUGAGGAUUCAGCUGCAGAGAGCCUGAGCCGCCAGUCGAGCAUAGAUGAUGACUGCUUCUUCCCCAGGGACGGAGAUGGUGUUCCUGGGAGGUCCUCACUGCGGAGGAUCCGCAGUAUCAGUCUGGCCAGCAGCGGGUCCAUGUCUCCGCUCUGGGAGGGCAGCAGCUACACCAGUACUUUUGGGACUCUCCCACGGAAAAGCAGGAGAUCCAGUGUCCGAAAGAAUCUUUUGAAGUUCAUUCCAGGCCUUCACCGGGCAGUGGAAGAGGAAGAAAGUCGGGUCUGAUAUCGCACGUGCCAUCCUUGAUGCCCAGGGCUCUGCAUGUGGGACAGCUGCGUGGCCUGGGGCCAAGAGCAGCAGCUCACCAGAGGCAUGCAGUGGGUGAAGCCUGGUGGCACUGCAUGGCAGUCCUCCAAACAACAGUACUGAUGAUAUUUAAAAAGCCCUGGGAUUUUUAAUUAUUUUAAUUUUUAAUCAGAGCACACAGUGAACCUCUUCAUUAACGAGAAAAAUGACUAACUCUGAAACGUGAAGAACCUUUGCAGAACUUCCUCAGCAUAGUUUAGUGUUAAUAACAGUUUUUAAUUGAAUGCAAAAUUGAUAGCUAUUUAUUUCUUGUUGCCAAAGUCAUGGUCUUCCAAAGGUCUUUAAUAAAGCAAGUGCUUCUACUAAAAACAGUGACAUACUCCCCUUAGAAAGAGGAUGGAGGCCAAAGCAUGCAACAGAGACAGACCCUGGGCAGUAACAUUUUGAAACGAAGGGCAGAGAUUUACCCAUGGUAAAAAGAAAAUGAAAAGGUGAACUCCACAACUCACUUCCCAGCCUCCAAAGCAGGGAUCAGUUCCUCUGGUCAGCUGAGCCGACAGCACUGACAGACAGAUUUACAAAGUAAAUGCUGGCUGCUAUCAGUUUCUCACUCUUAGCAGCCAUUGUACAAACCCUGCAAUAAACUGGUUAAUUGGUUGUGAUCUGACCAGCUGCAAUCUCUGCCAGUAGCUGGUUUGUCAUGUCUUGCCAAACCUGUUUUACUCCAGGGAUUUGGAGUAGAAAGGACCCGGCUGAGCAUGCACGCACCCCAGGCUCUGUGCAUGGAGAACUGGUAGUGUCCGUGUGCUUGCCACUCUGAGCAGCUCCAUGGGUCCAGAGCAAGGUGCACCAGUCACCAUGCAUCCCUAUGGGCUCUGGUGUUGAACAAGCACGGUGGAGAGCACCAGCAGCAUUGGGCAGAGGUGCCAGCAGGCUGGUAGCUCUGUGGAGAGAGCACUCCCCAGGCAAAAGGGGUGAGGCGUGUAUGUCUCUGUAAUCUGGGAGGGAGGCAAGGGGGCUGUGGCAGCUGCUGCUGUGGAAGGCUGCAGGCGAUGGGCAGCAAAGGGUGAUGGGUCUUUGCAUCUCCUGCUUCCCAGCGCGGCUCUGCGGUCAUCUCUGCGGCACCUGCCAGCCUUGCUAGAAACAGAACUUUCUGCAGGGUGUCAGCUUGGCAAGAGUCACCAGAGUGCUGGGGUCUCACUGCACCCCCGGAGGGCAGGGUGCUCAAGUCACCUGGCCAGAAUUUUACCAGAUUUGAGAACAUACUUGUCCAAUUAUAAUGAUGUAACUAUAUAGCUCAGAUUGUUCUGACCUCUUUAAUGUGAGAGAAGAGGCAGAGGAUUGUCCUGCAGGGACGAGCAGGAUUGCCCUGUGCGUGGACAGCCGCAGGUUGUGCCCUGGGGACCUCCUUAGAGAGCUGUGCCUGCGACCUGGUCCCUCUGCAGCCCCUCUGAGGUCCAGUGGCUGCAGGAGAUGGCCCUGGGGCUGGUGCUUCCACUGCAUUGGCAGGAAGGUCAUUAGCUGUUCACAUUUCUUCUGGAGCAGAGACUUCAGCAGUAAGAUUAACUUGAUAGUUUAUAUGAAAUAAUAAAUAAGGGCAUAAAUGUGAAGAAAAAGAAAAAUUUUAUUUCUCUCUCAGGCAGCAGAGAAAUAGGCUGUUUGUUCAGCCCAAGCAACCUGAUUAUGUUUUUCAAAUACAAUUUGAAGAAUUUUAAAUAUAAUUUAAAUACCUUGUGUGACUCAUUCAUCUUUUGACCCAGCAGACCAUGCAGUUGUUUACCACUCGGGUACUGCUGUGGCAGGAUUUCCUGGUCUUUUCAUAAACCUCAGGCUAAAUCCAGUAGUUUCCCUUUGAGAUGAACCCGAAAUAAAAACAACCUGUUCCCAAUAGUUCUCUAAUUAUUGAAUGUUGCUAAGCCAGCAGAAUCCGUAUUGGCAUCUGUAAUUUCUCUUAAAAGGAUUAAGUAGGUGGUAAUACUGCAAGUAUCUGGGAGAGCUGAAGGGCAAUCAGGAGAG